UUCGCUGCACGUGGUGGAUGCUGCUUCUACGAAUCAGACUGUAAUAGUGCGGGGAACUGAUUCACACUGUUUGAUACGAACCUUUUAUAAGAAAAGUUCCUUCAAGUUGAGUUGAUUAUUUUAAAAACUUUCGAUGGUAAGAAGAUAGAUAAUGAGACAUGUGGUAUCUCUAACGAAAUGUUGGGAUCGGAGUUUCAACUCUACUCUUGGAAGAAAGAUGAGUAACUGUUGUCAGCAUGAUUCGACUGUCAUCGUGAAGAAUAGCUAGACAAUAAUCGUCGUUCCCGUUUCCACAACAUGGUGGUGUUGCUAAGACGACGUAGCCUGUUUCUGAAGGUGGUGGUUUUGGUGCCCCUCACGUGGUUCGUAGUGACUCUCUUCUUGGCUUAUAAUGAUCGAGCACACAGAAACAAAGAUCUAAGUCUUCGAAACGAACCUAUAGAACGUAAUGAUGAUGAAGAUGAAAAUAGUGAUGUAGCUGAUCCAGGAGUUAAAAACCGACUUCAAAAGGAUGAUGUCCUCCCUGCUAACGCCAAUGUAAACUUGAUCCGCCAUAAUAGUCUCGAGGUACGAAGUGAAAUAAACGAUGUCAUCAAGCCCUCUAACGGUAAACAUAAAUACCAUAGUAAGCAGAAUGAACCGGAAGAGGGCGCAAUGGGACUUGGUGUACUUCCUGCACCUCGUGAUCCUGAAGGUCCUGGUGAGUUAGGGCGACCAGUUAAGUUCGAUAACUUAACCAAAGAACAAAAUAAAUUGGUCAAACAAGGAUGGGAUAGCAAUGCUUUCAAUCAGUAUGUGAGUGACCUGAUUUCAUUACAUCGAAGCCUUCCUGACGUGAGAGAUAAAGAAUGCAGAAGUCAGAAGCACACGCACCCCUUACCGCAAACCAGUGUCAUCAUCUGUUUCCACAAUGAAGCUUGGAGCGUCCUCUUGCGGACAGUUCAUAGUGUUUUGAAGAGGUCACCGCCCGAAUUGCUGAAGGAAGUAGUGCUAGUGGACGAUUUCUCGGACUUACCACAUCUUCAACAACGGCUUGAAGAUUAUAUCUCUCACCUCUCUAAAGUCCGCCUUGUGAGGGCGCGUCGAAGAGAAGGGCUUAUUCGUGCUCGGUUAUUAGGAUCGUCAGUUGCUACUGCACCUGUGUUAACGUACCUGGAUUCUCAUUGUGAAUGUACAGAAGGCUGGCUUGAGCCACUUCUGGACAGAAUAGCCCGUAACAGCACCACAGUUGUGUGUCCGGUGAUUGAUGUCAUAGACGACAACACCUUUGAAUAUCACUUCAGAGACUCAAGUGGGCUAAAUGUCGGAGGAUUUGACUGGAACCUCCAGUUCAACUGGCAUGCCGUUCCAAGAAGAGAGAAAGAGAAACGGGAGCAUUCUUGGGACCCUGUCUGGUCGCCAACGAUGGCGGGAGGUCUCUUCUCCAUCGAUAAAUCAUUUUUUGAAAAACUUGGAACCUACGACAGUGGUUUUGAUAUAUGGGGUGGAGAAAACUUAGAGCUUUCGUUCAAGACGUGGAUGUGUGGGGGGACUUUAGAAAUUGUCCCAUGCUCCCACGUGGGCCACAUUUUUCGGAAGCGGAGCCCUUACAAGUGGAGGUCAGGAGUCAAUGUCUUGAAACGAAAUUCCAUUCGUCUAGCAGCUGUAUGGUUAGACGACUAUGCCAAAUACUACUACCAAAGGAUAGGCUAUGAUCUAGGUGAUUACGGAGAUGUCAGCUCGAGGAAGGAAUUGAGAAAACAGUUGAACUGUAAGAGCUUUGGUUGGUACUUAAAGAAUAUCUAUCCAGAGCUUUUCAUACCUGGUGAAGCUGUCGCAUCAGGAGAGGUUAGAAACUUGGGUGACAAGUCCAACACGUGUCUUGACAGUCCAGCCCGACGAGAUGACCUCCACAAGCCUGUGGGGUUGUACCCCUGUCACGGACAGGGUGGUAAUNAGGUUAGAAACUUGGGUGACAAGUCAAACACGUGUCUUGACAGUCCAGCCCGACGAGAUGACCUCCACAAGCCUGUGGGGUUGUACCCCUGUCACGGACAGGGUGGUAAUCAGUUCUGGAUGUUGAGUAAAGAAGGUGAGAUACGGCGUGAUGAGGCAUGUGUGGAUUACGCUGGCCAAGACGUUAUUCUCUAUCCUUGCCAUGGUUCAAAGGGAAAUCAGUUAUGGAUCUAUGAUCCAGAUAAACAUCUACUUGUACACGGAAGUAGCCGAAAAUGUUUGGAAAUGUCAGAGGAUCGACAGAAGCUGUUGAUGCGAGAAUGCAGCGUAUCUGAGACUCGACAGAUGUGGAAGUUUCAGAACUUUGACCCGUCCAGACCGACCCUGAGUCCCGUUUAGCAAGCAAAAUUAUGUUGCACUGGCCAUCCGUGUGUUCUUUUAAUUGUGUGACAAGUGUACAUGCGUACGUGUCAUUUAGUAACUUGUGGAAAGUAUUAUGUCGUGUUUUAAGGCAUCGGCUUCUUUUGAUGUGGCUCGCAUACCGACUUGAAUUAAAUUUUCGCAAAUUCCACGGUUAAAUGACGUAUAUGCCAAAGUGCCUUUAGGCCUAAAAAAAUCGAAAAAUUCGUUGCUGUUGUUACUUCAAAUGAGGACGAUUAAAAAGUACUUUUGUUUUUCUA